GAAUAGCUUAAAAAGUCAAUAUAAAUUAAAAUAUGAUUAUAUAUAUAAUUUUGGUAAGUGUGGGAUAUGCGCAAUUAGGGUACGUACAGGAGGUGAUGAAUCAGUUGGUAGACUAGGAAUGCAGUUUGAAAAAUAGAGUAGCUUAUGGACAAUAGAAGCUUCAUUAGUUGACUGGAAUGUACUUUUGCGAUUCUUAUUCAAAGAGAACAUGUUGCAGCUAACAAAAUCUGGAGGAAUUGAAAUUUAAGUACGCUUGAUUAUAGUAUGUCGUAGAUGGUACAGAGAAUAGCAAUAAGCAGUUGAACUCAGUCAGUAAUGUUAGGAGAUAUUUACUAAGACUAUUUGUUCAGAUUGUGAUGGCGAUAUUGGAUAACAAAUAAGAGUUGGGUUCUGUCCUCACUAUUGCAACCAGAUGUAUUAGGCUUGUUGGAGAGACUUAUUCUAGUACGAUGAAAAAACUCAGAAAUUGAGACUUUGUUAUUAAGUAAGAACAUUUAUAAUUCUAGAAUGACGUGUUAUGUUCUGAACUAAGAAAUAUUGUGAAUAAUGGGGAUCAAUUCUGCAAUUCAUUAGGAUACAAAGUGAAUUCCUAUUCGAAUGUAGAGGAAUGGAUAGAAAAUAAGUAUUUGAAUCUAUCCACAUCGCCCUUGUGUUGGGAUGGCACUCCUUCUCAUAGAAUUUGGAGUUCUAGCACCAAAUUACCAGAAACGAAAGUGGGUGGUGGAAAGACCAAGAAGCAAAAUAACAACAAGGAGUAAAAAUCUUACUUAGGACUUUACAUUUUUGGUGGUUUAGUUGUAGUGGUUGUAGUGGUUGGAUUGGUUAUUGCAUAUAAAAAGUUGAGAAAAUGA